AUGUGGCUAAGCUGGAGGAAAGCAGUGGCCACAACCCUGCCUUUCAUCAGAUCAUUUAACUCCAUUGUGAGAGAUGCCUCCAAGGUCCUCGCACCCUCCCAGCAGUGGACCAGUGUCGCCCCAGGGACGAACGGAUCCAUUUGGCUUGUUUCACCGGAGCUUUUCUGCGGUCUCUGCGAAGUUAUUGCUGUUAGCUGCCAUGGCAUGGCUGGGCAACCUUUCUCGAUUCUGCUCAGCAUCCAGCUACGGUUGCUGAACCAUGAGAUCUCGACCGACUUUGAGAUGGGCUGUGGAAAGACACAAUGCAUCGGCUGGUCCAUCUGUCUGAUGGAUCAAGCUUUUUCGUCCCACUACGGGUGCAGGGAUAACAAAGACCUGCCCCAACUGGCUCUGGCUCAGCCCUAUGGAUCCAAAUGCGAGCGUCUCAUUGCUCGGUCCGCCCACGCGAAGUACCACCGUUUGAACUCCGUGACAGACACCUUGGAAGUUUCUGACCGGCGGCAAUGGCCCUAG